AUGCAUCGUCGUUUCUCUACACUUUUGCGAACAUCUCCCAAGUCAUCGUCCGUUGACUUAGGGUCGACUAUCGCUGGCGACCAUGACGACGCUGAGUCGAAAGUCGCCACAGUCAAGGAGAUGCCAGAUCUUCCCCCGCCAUCUCUGAAGCUCAAGCGUGUUGACUACUACUAUAGCAAGUGGUCGAAGGGUUUCAAGUAUCGGAACACAAGCUCCACCGUCACCCCAGAAGCCCGACCUUUGAUAGGCAGCGACAAUGACCCAUGGAAGGACUUCGCUUUCGUUAUUGUUCGAACCAUUCCGAAACAAGAAAACAUACCCCCUACAUUCAAAGUCGUCAUCAAGAGUCCCUACAUCGUCCAAGCCUGCAAGGAUGUCAUCAUAUCAUGGCCAGGAAUUUCUUGGAAUUCCGACCCACUAGAGCUUGAGCCAGAGAUACUUAUCACCUUCUUGCCGAACUUCAUCGAAUAUCGCGACAAGCUCGCCGCUCAGAAGACCCUGACCACUGAAGAGAAAUAUCGACACUCAUCGGUCUCUCUCCUGAUCUCCACUUUCCAACAAGAUUAUCGCGUGACGCUUGCGAAGAUCCAGACCCUCAUCUCUCACGCUGAAAUUACCUUUGAGCUGCUGUACGCCAUCCUCGUACCGCGCACCAUAUUUUUCGCGACAUGCGCAGUUACCGGCGAACCUCGUCUCUUCACCCUCUCCUCCGUCUCCCGCACUUCCAUCGAAGGGAAGUCCUGCUAUGCGCUAACUUGCGAGAGCGUCGACGUCGUCGAUUCUAAUAACAAACAAGCCUCAAAUACCCCGGGCUCCAACAACGCGUCGGGUACGGACAGCAAUGGGAGUGUCUCCGUAGGCAGGGUAGGACGCGUACAAACAACGAUCCUUCUCCUUGCCUUCAGGGGUACCGUGCAGAUCACCUCCCUUGAUUCUUACCCACUGAGAUUCCACCGCGAUCCGGAGGGUUUGAAAGCACAACUUUUAGAGCGAGGUAAAAAGUGGAGAGAAUUGUCUUCGGGAGGAGCGAAACAUGUUGAAUAUCAUGGAAAUGCUGCGCUCAAGUGUGCCGAACGUGUCGUGCGCCACAAUGUUAACAGCCGAAUCAUGGUUGACCGAGCCACCUUCCGUCGUCUCAACGCGAACUACCAAUUCCCUGCCCCUUUGCCGCCAAAGGCUGAUGCUCCCGUUCCGCCCCACAUCAGAAACGCCCACGGCGACUACGAUGGAUAUGAUAUGUACGGCAACCCCGUUCAAGCCGUCAUACCCACAACCAACAAUGGUAUCCAAACCACGCGAACGAACGAGGUGGAUGAGGACCUCACCGAUGAAGAACUGAUAUUGACUCCUGCCGUCGUGUACGGAUUCAGUCUUUCUGAUAAAGUGUGGUUGGAGUUCAACGUUCAGAAAGUUUCACCUGUUGACUGGGCACACGAUGCGUUCGCCAAUUUGGUUCUUCCACAAGGGCGAAAAACACUUCUCCAGUCUCUCGUCGAAGCACAUCAUCGGGAGCUUGGCUUUGACGACUUCAUCAAGGGGAAGGGGCAUGGAUUGGUGAUUAACCUCUUUGGUCCACCUGGUGUCGGGAAAACAUUCUCGGCGGAGGCAACUAGCGAACAUGUCAAACGCCCACUCUAUAUCGUUGGAGGUGGCGACUUGGGCACGAAGGCGGCUGACCUCGACGCGGCACUAGAGAGGAUAUUCGACGUUGCUACGGCAUGGAAGGCCAUCGUCCUGAUCGACGAGGCCGACGUGUUCCUUGAGCAACGUUCCCUCCAUGAUCUCGAGAGAAAUGCUAUGGUAGCUGUUUUCCUGCGCCAUGUUGAGUACUACCGGGGUAUUCUCUUCCUAACCACGAAUCGCGUGAAGGCAUUCGACGAAGCAUUCCUGUCCCGAAUCCACGUCGCCCUGCACUUCCGCGAGCUUUCCUUCGAAUCGAAGAAACAAGUUUGGCAGGCAUUCAUCGCCAAAGCUGGUGCCAAGGAUGAUAUCACUACAGAAGAAAUUAGUGAACUCGCGAAAAAGAAUGUUAAUGGAAGGCAAAUCAAGAACGCGGCGAGGACGGCUCAGUCUUUGGCGAUUGCACGAGACGAGAAGCUAGCAUAUGGGCAUCUGCUGGAGACACUGGAGGCUAUGGAUGAGUUCACUCGAGAGUUUGAAGGCAUCCGGGCGAACGCGUAA